AGCUUGGCCGCAUGCGCGGACCGGUCCCCGGAGACUUCCGGGAGUCUCCGUGGGCCCGGGCGGAAACGGAAGUCAGUUUGCGAAGGAGAAGGGUAGAAGCGCGUGUGAGAGCUGCGGUUGCUUGGUGAACUGGUGAGAAGCGAGACCGGAAGGCCUCAUGGCGGUCCGAGCGUCAUUCGAGAACAACUGUGAGAUCGGCUGCUUUGCCAAACUCACCAACACUUACUGCCUGGUGGCCAUCGGAGGGUCCGAGAACUUCUACAGUGUGUUCGAGGGCGAGCUGGCCGAUACCAUCCCCGUAGUGCACGCGUCCAUCGCCGGCUGCCGCAUCAUCGGGCGCAUGUGUGUGGGGAACAGGCAUGGUCUCCUGGUACCCAACAAUACCACUGACCAAGAGCUGCAACACAUUCGCAACUGCCUCCCAGACUCAGUGCAGAUCCGGCGAGUGGAGGAGCGGCUCUCAGCCCUGGGCAAUGUCACCACCUGCAAUGACUACGUGGCCUUGGUCCACCCAGACCUGGACAGGGAGACAGAAGAAAUCCUAGCUGAUGUGCUCAAGGUAGAGGUCUUCAGACAGACAGUGGCUGACCAGGUGCUGGUGGGAAGCUACUGUGUCUUCAGCAAUCAAGGGGGCCUGGUGCAUCCCAAGACUUCAAUUGAAGACCAGGAUGAGCUGUCCUCUCUCCUUCAGGUUCCCCUUGUGGCGGGCACUGUGAACCGAGGCAGUGAGGUGAUUGCUGCAGGGAUGGUGGUGAAUGAUUGGUGUGCCUUCUGUGGCCUGGACACAACCAGCACGGAGCUGUCAGUGAUAGAAAGCGUCUUCAAGCUGAAUGAAGCCCAGCCUAGCACCAUCGCCACCAGCAUGCGGGAUUCCCUCAUCGACAGCCUCACCUGAGUCACCUUCCAUGCUGUUCCGUGGGCUCCUGGCUCUGGACUUUGAUUCCCUCUCCAUGUCCCACCCAGUCUGUAUGGAUGCUGGCAGGAAUGUGGCAGAGAUUGAGUGGCUGGGUGUCUAGCCCAUCUUCACUCGUGUCCGUCUCCUGAAUCUAUUGUUACUGCAGAAACCUACCACUUCCUGCUGGCUGACAGCCCUGCAACUCCUGGCUGAGGGUUCUGCUGUCCUUUGCCACCCUAUUAAAGGGCAACUGCCUCUUUGCAUUCUGAA